UUUGUAUUAAACUAGAUUAAGAGCUGCAUCUGCCGCAACUUCUAAACUUCAACAAUUCCUUGUUUUCUAAUAUAAAAGUCCCACUCCUGAGUAACAUUCUUAUUCUUCUAUUUCAGUGUUUCUGCCACUGUAUCAUCUUCUCAUUGUGCUGCUCUUUUAAUUUCCUGAUUUAGUAAAGGAUCAAUGGCAGCCAUACAAUGUUCCUUUUCACCUCAUAUCAUAACUCAACAAUCUGCUCCUUCUCUCAGAAAGCCUCUUUAUGGGUUGGUAAUUCUUAGGAAAACUGUGCAUCCUGUCAAAAGAAUUAACAAUCUGCAGAUCAGAUCCUCCAUUAAAAACCAGGUUUUUGAAGAUCAUUCAACCGGUAUAAUUUGCUAUAAAGAUGACAGAGGGGAAAUUAUAUGUGAAGGUUUCGACGAGGGUCCUCGUCUACAUCCGCAAUAUCCUUCAACACCUUUACCUUCAAGGGAUGGUGCCGGUAUACUUGAUCUUCUUCAACAGCGAUGGCUCCAGAUUAUGGAUGGAGAAGCUGCUAAUGGUAGCGUCUUGCUCGAAAAACAUUCAUGUAAUGGAUCUAACUCAUUGCAUUGAACAAAUGCAAAAUAGUAGUAAUCACUUUGUAUAAAUUGUCUCUUAAUUGAGAACUGUUAUUGUUCUCUUUAUGUGACAUAAAAAACCAGAGCUUUUGUUAAGUCAAAAGCAUUUCGUUCAUAUAGUUUAUUUAUGUAACCAAGUAUGUAAUAUAACAACAUCAAUGAGCAACUUUUGUA